AUGGCGGCUGCCACCUCCCAGACACCGAACGUUUCUGAGCCAUUUGACAUUGUCGCGACGUACAAUGGCUUGCUUCGUUCAGACCCAGAUCUGACCAUGCCAAUCGCGGCUAUUGAAGCUCUGGUGUUGCUUCUUACACACUCCCCUUCCUCGACAAUAUCAGAGACCCUCGACCUACUAGAAAAGUCCACCGCACACUUGAAGAAGUCUAUCCCGAACCCUAUCGGUCUUUCCGCAGGAACCGAUCUCUUCCAGCGAUACUUAAUCACAACCUUGCAAAGACCGGGUCAACUAGGGCCAGCGGGUGAUUUUAAUGCUAUUCGUGCACAUCUUCUCUCCAACAGUCGGUUGUUCAUUCGGCGUGCAAAGGAAAGCCGAGAUAAAAUUUCAGCAUUUGGAAGGGGAUUCGUACGAGAUGGAAGCACAGUUCUGACAAACGGUGGAUCGCGAGUUGUCGCUUCGUUGUUGCAGCAGGCUGCUGACGAAAAGGGCGGACCUUCCGCUGUGCGGUUUAAGGUGAUCUACGUUCUGUCGUCGGCAAAGAAGAACAUCGAGAAGUCUUCGGCUGAGCCCGAGGGAAUGGAGACAGUGCGAGCCCUCCGGGCAAAGGGAGUUCCCGUGGCUACAAUCCCGGAAUCCGCCGUUGCGUAUUCAAUGGGGAAAGCCGAUGUCGUCAUUGUGGGUGCGGAGGGUGUGGUGGAAAAUGGAGGCAUCGUAUCGCGGAUGGGCACGUAUCAAAUCGGACUUCUAGCAAAGGCUAUGGGGAAGCCGUUUUACGUGGUGGCCGAGAGCCACAAGUUUGUUCGAAUCUACCCGCUUGGCCAAUAUGACCUCCCAAUCGAGCAGCACGUUAUCGACUUCAAGACUGAGGAAGACGUUGAUGCUGCCAAGCAACAACCGACAGCUCCCAAAGACACAUCAGAUCUGUCUUCGGAGUACUGUGCCGAGGUGGUGGAUUACACACCGCCUCAUUUAAUAUCCGCCCUGAUCACAGAUAGUGGUGUUCUAACACCGAGUGCCGUCAGCGAAGAACUGAUCAAGAUCUGGUUUUAG